AUGGCGACCAAAGCGUUUCCCGCGGGCGUCUACGCUGCGUCACUGACUUGGUUCAGUGACGAUCCUCAGCAAGAAAUUGACUACGAUCUCCAGUCAAAACAUUUGUCCUACCUCAUCAAGGGCGGCCUCACGGGUGUUGUCAUUGCAGGAUCAAAUGGAGAGGCGGUCGCCCUACGAGCGGUGGAGCGGAUGAAGCUCAUCUCGCUGACUCGGGAGAUCGCUAUUCAAUGUGGUCGCAAAGACCUACCCAUCAUCAUCGGCACGGUCGGUCAGACUACGCGAGAGAUAAUCGAGCAGUUGAGGGCCGCGAAAGAAGUUGGAGCAGACUACGGGCUGGUACUGACACCAAGUUACUUCCACUUUGCCAUGGACCCUGCUGCGAUCACGAAAUUCUUCCAAGAGGUCGCUGAUGCAAGCCCUAUUCCCAUCUUGAUCUACAGCUGGCCGCUAGUGACUUCGGGCAUUGAGGUAUCCUCGGACAUCAUGUCAGUCCUCGGACGGCAUCCCAACAUCGUCGGUACCAAGCUCACUUGCGGCGGCGUUGGAAAAGCGGUGCGCGUCACGGCCGACUUCGAUGCUAAGGAGUUCUGUGUCCUAUCCGGUUUUGCCGACUGGAUGAUACCGGCGCUCAGUGUCGGCGGCGCCGGGUGUAUUGCUGGCUUUGCUAAUUUGUGCCCGAGGGCAUGCGUAAAGGUUUAUCAAGAUUAUCAAGCAGGCAAAGUAAAAGAGGCCCUCGCACUCCAACACAAGCUGGCCAAAGCAGAGUGGGAGCUUACAAAGGCGGGCAUUAAUGGGACCAAGUGGGCGGUAGCUAAAUUGCUUGGCUAUGACAUGUCCAAGUGCUACACUCGCAAGCCUUACCCUAAAUACGAGGACACUGCUGCGCAAACGGCGGUGUUGUCUAUCUUGGAGUCUUUCAUGGAGGUCGAGAACGGCCUCGGAAAAUAA